UGUAGCAGGUCUGGUGUUUGUAGACUUGUACUUGGCGUUGCGUGGGUAUGGAUAGCAUCUUUAAGAGCGCUGUUAACGUGAAAUUCUGUGAAAUAGAAGACUGUGAAUUCCCUCUAAAAUGUUUUUGUCAUGAUUGUUGUAUGGGCCUGUGUUUCAGGUGUUCUAAGAUUCAUUUUAAACGCAGAAAUUCUCACAGGAUUGUUUUGUACAGAGAGAGAGCAAAAAUCAGGAGUAAAGCUUGUGGAAGUCAUAUGUGUCUCCUAAAGGGACCGUGUAAUGAAGUUUGCUGUUUCACUUGUAGAAAAGUAAUUUGUGAUAGUAGUAUUGAAGAUCACGAGUUUCAUUAUACCAUGACAACAUCGGAACAACUUGUAUAUUUUGAAAGAAUGAUCAACUAUUUGAGGCUCGUUCGUUCAAAGAUCAGGGACAUUACAAAAUUGAACAAGGAGUUUCCUGUUAAUUAUGGAAGAUCCAAACAAUUGAAGUGGAAAAUGAAACAUGCUUUCCUAACUACAGCAAGAUAUAACUUACCUCACCUAACUGACAUCAAGCGUAGAGGAGAAGAGUACAUUCGUCUAUGUAGACAAAUGCAGGAUUCUUUUAGCCUUGGACAAACUUUGUCCAAAAACGUCCCGAAUGCAACAUUCAUAACAGCACCAAAUAUUAAUGUCAUUUCGAUUGCUAACCCAGCUGGCCGCCCCAAAAAGAAUUUCGGACCUCUUUUGAUAUGCAAUAUCCGGAUUUUCACCAAACCAUUUUCAGGUGUAAAACUCUUUGGCAGCAGUGACAUCAGCGUUUGGGUACACGAAAAGAACGCUAGAGUUUUAAGCCGCCAUGACAUCUGUGGGAGUUGUCGCAGUAAAUACAUUUUAGAUAUGGUUCCAGAAUUCGUCACCUUAGCUCGAGAUCAUAUAGUAUACGUAGAUAACUCCAAAAAUACAGUAUACAAACUUUCUUCUAAAGGUACACAAAAACUGGUGCAGGAGUCUGCUAAUUGUACACAAAAACUGAUGACGGAGUCUGCUAAUUGUACACAAAAACUGACGCCGGAGUCUGCUAAUUGUACACAAAAACUGGUGACGGAAUCUGGUAUCAUCACGGCUAUUUCGUCUUCCUCAAACGACUCUUUGCUGGUCUGUACCUGUAACAUGGCCACAGGUAGAGGAGAAAUUCGCAAAUAUGAUAUCAGUGACGGGAAAUUAUUGCAGAUCCUGGCAAGUAGUAGCGAAUUUCCAUUUUCCUUUUACGAUCUGUUAAAUGUGUUUUCCGUCACUGAAAAUAUUGACGGUAGUGUGUGGUUCUUAGCGCUGCUUGAUAGGUCAGAGGUCAGGAGAAUCGUCAAAGUCAGUAGAUGUUUCACUGAUCGCAAUGAUUCAUUCGCGGUGGCCCAAGUUCUUGACAACUUGCGGACCAUUUGUCCAAUGGAGAUAACACACAACAGCAGAGGUGACAUUUUGAUCUUAGACGACAAUAAAAAAGAGGUCCAUAUCGUGAACAAAAUUGGGAAUCUGAUGUGGUCUUGGCCUUUUAGAGGGAAUAUUGAAAGUAUUUGUGUUGAUCCCUCAGACAAAUUAUGGGUAGCCGAUUCUGACGGCGAUAUUAAAGCUUUUGGAUGUUAUAGAUUGUGUAAACCAGUUUCUCGGCAAGGAGUCAAAAAUGUUCUAAAGAAAUACUCAAAGAAUCGUUUCUGGGGUGUGAGUCAUGCGAAAUCGUUAGCUUCUAGUGUAACGUUUAGCAAACAUUUGAAAAAGCACCACAACGAAAUAUCCUGUGAAAUCUGUUCAUUUUCAUAUAUGUACCCAUCGUUGCUAGCCACGCUUCCUGAGUCCGGAAGUACCAACCUCAAACCGAAUUGACGUAGCGUGAACGGAGACAAUUAACAUGUUUUGCGAUGAUGGUCCGAGCCCGGUAAUUUAUCAUUUCCAGUAUCUUUAGUAACUUGACUCUAAUUCAGGAAUCAAAUGUAUCAUACCAGAUGGAAAACCAACACAGUGCCGUCCUGCUGUCACCGAACGGUUACCAAGAAAUGUCACUCAAAAGUCCGCUUUGGUGUAUGUGAGUAAUCGUCUGUCGGUGAAUCCCAGAGUUAGACAUAUAGAUUCUAUACAUAAAUUGCCAUUUGCCAGUUUCCAUAUAUGUACAAGAAAAAAUACAGUGAUGAAAGCUGAGAAAAAGACAGACAUUCCUUUUUGAUGUUACAUAUUGUAUAUAUGUAUGACAGUUAGGUUAUCUAUAGCGUAAUAACGAUAAACAUGUGAAGUGUUUGCUAAUUUAGAAAUGGAAGACAUUUUCUGAAAGUGUCAUUUAGAUGUGUUUGAUAGAUACCUGUAGUUUUUAUACAAUACAUAUUGAAAGAAAGCCUUUUGGGAGGCAAAUUUAAUGAAGAGGAUAUGCAUAUAGAUAUAGAUGACAGAAAUAUCAAAGAACAUUUAUUAACUUUCUUGUUAUACCCGUACUAAGGACAAAUGAUCAAAGUAAAAAAAUUAUCAUUUAAGAAAUAAAGGGUCAAUAUCAAGGGUGAAUAAUUUGUAUUAAAGGGAGGUCCUGGACCCUUUCCAAGGAAUGAUAACUGCAAAAUAUGAUGGGUUAUUCAAAUCCGCUGUAGAUCCACAGGACCAGAAAUGAAAAAACUGUGUGAAUACCGUUGUAUAGGAUUUCAAAACAUGGAGUGUGAGGACAUAGUGGCGCCAUCAUAUAAGAGGUCCAUUUAUUUAUUGUUUGGAAAUGGUGUAUUUGUAAAAUAAUUAAGAAAUUAAUUGUUGCUUGAAGUUAACUUGCUUUCCAUAUUGGUCUUAAUUUCAGAAAGAUUUUACAUGUUAAAAAAUUGUUUUCUGGAAGGCGAUAAAUCAUUAAAGAGGUAUGGCGCAUUUGCUGACGAUACGGCCGACUCAGAAAUCUAAAUGGAAAACACCGGUUUCCAAUAAUACACUGGCGUGUUAUAUUUAAAUAUAAGGACAGCGUUUUUGAUGUUUCGUUAACCAAGAUAAAUAACUGCCGCAGUUUAGCAUUACUGACAUUUAUACGAGUCGUUCUUUACUUAAUAAACCAUUUUCCUAUUUGGAAUGAUGAACAGUACAAUAUUUUCAUAGACCUGUGCAACAACCCUUUUACAUAUGGCAUUACUUAACUCACUGUUCUGACAUGAGUGCAGCGCCUUUAAUAGAUGUCAUCAGUUCAUUUGCCUUUGGUCGAUAAUUCGAGUGUUUAUCUUUGCCUAAAUAUCAUAUGACAGUUGCUACAUGAGUU